AUGGCAGAUUUGCUUUCAAAGUUCUAGGCAUAUGGUUCUAGUAGUGAAGAAGAAGACAAUUCAUAAGAAUAGAAUUCAAAUAAGAAUCCUAGUACUUCUAUAGUUUAAAAUGGCUAAAAUAGUUAGCAAUCUUAAUUUGGAAAUGGGGUUAAGGCUAAAGAAUAAUAUAGUUUAGGCAUAAAUUUCUAAAGCAAAGUCAGCCAAUAAGAUAGCAAAGUAAAAGAUCAAACUCGAAUUAGAAGUACUGGACUACUCGGCAAAAGAUCAUUAAUAUCAAGCUUGGCAAUUGAUAAGAAAUAAGACAGUGAUAUCGAAGAUGAAGAUGAUUUAAUGAGUAGGGCUUUCAAAUAAAUUUCUCAAAAGAAUAUCAAAGAAGGUAUUAUGAUGAAAUAGAACAAGAAGCAGAAAGAAGAGAAAAGCAUAGAAGAAUUGGAAUUUGAGGAAUAAAGAAGGAAAAAACUCUAAAACAUUGACCCUUAUGCUCAGAAAUUAUUCUCUAUCUUGCCUCCUCCAACAAAUUCUACUAAGCUAUCUAUUUCAAGUGCAUUACAGUCUAAUGCAGAGAUAAAUUUCAUAUAGAGAGAUUCAUCAGAUGAAGAUACUAAAAUAUUAAAAAGAGGAUAAAAGUAUAAUUUGGAUGAUGCAAAUAAUAAUCGAGAUAAAGAGAAGAAGUUUAUCGAAGUUAAUAGAGAUGAGCUAGUAAAUAAAGAUGAAUUCUACAGGAAUCAGGUUAAAAAGCAUUCGAUAUUAGCAUUUAGAGACUAGACUUUGCAGAGAAUGCGAGGAUAAAUUGAUACUAUGGACUAAUUAGCCUCUAAAGGUAAGGGUAAAAAUCAUUUAGCAUCUAUGGCAAGUGAUCAUUUGGAUAUGAUUACAAAGUUCUAAGAUGAUAAGAGCAGUAAUUUAGACGAAUUCAGAUAAAAAAGAGCGAGGUAUGGUUGGUGA